AUGAUACCUUCUCCUACAAGCCAAACCACUUCCUCUCGUCUAAUUGCAAACUUCAAGCCAAUCUUGAUUACUACUACUAAUAAUUCUUAUUAUUACGAUAUUAUAAUUUUGCUCACUCCCUUUCUUAACUUCCCGGCAAGCAUUGAAUCUAUCUAUCUAUCUAUCUAUCUAUCUAUCUAUCUAUCUAUCUGUCUAUCUAUCUAUCUAUCUAUCUAUCUAUCUAUCUAUCUAUCUAUCUAUCUAUCUAUACAAGUCCUCGUGUUUCUUUCUUCUCUACUUCAAGUUACCAGGUCUCUUUUUCAUUUUAUUUUUUACUCUUUUAUAUUAUCUCAGUGUUCCACCGAACUAUUACCACCGCUGACACCUCACUCUUUCCGGCUUCCAUCAUUAUAUUCUUCCCGAAUCGAAAAUAUUAGAAAAUACAAAACCUUCUUUCUUCAGUUCCCAUCUACCUCCCAGAAAUAUUACCACCUCUGCCAUAGACAUUAUUUGACCAGACGCAUCCCACCCACGUUCCUUUUUCUCAUCAGCAACUAUCCACCAUAA